CGGAGGAAGGACGGAAACUCUCCUGAUUUUACCCGAAAACAAACCGUAAAAGUGUCGGUUUUUACUCCGGGCGACUCUCCGCCGGUUCGCGUACCGGAGCAGAUGAGGAGCGGACAGAUCUCCGAUAGCGCUGAUCAGAUGGGAUCGUUUUUUCCGCAUUAAAACUUGUCCUCCUUGGGGAAUUCAAGCCCAGGACGAGGUGGUGAAGCUGUGUAAGGAGAUGGAGAGUCAGGCCGCUGCUGAAGAUCGUGAUCGCACUCGCUCUGCUAAAGGCUGCAGCACAGCAGAGCUCAUUCGGCCUCAGAACCGCCCCUACUUCCAGAAAAAGAUGGACCUUCUGGUGCAAGACAUCUUUGAGCAUGAGAAAUACGACAGUCUGCUGAACUCAGGAGAGAUUAACUAUGACAGUAUGACAUCCAGAAGAAGCUCAAAUUCUCGGGGUACCAAGUCCUUCGGUCCCGUCCACACCAAGACACGUCGCAAACGGAAAAAGAAGACCGAAAUUCACAGCUGCUCAGAGUGUGGGAAGAGUUUUAAAUAUUUAAGUGCUCUCAAAACACACCAUCUGACUCACACAGGAGAGAAACCGUUUCAGUGCUCGGAGUGUGGGAAGACUUUUGGUAGAAAGAGGAAUCUCUACAUCCACCUGCGCGUUCACACAGGAGUGAAACCGCAUCUCUGCUUAGAGUGCGGAAAGAGAUUCAGAGAUUCAUGUGCUCUCAAAACACACCAUCUCAUUCAUACGGGAGAAAGACCACACAAGUGCUCCGAGUGUGGGAAGAGUUUCAAUCAGAGGAUCGGUCUCCGACUGCACCAGCGCACUCACACCGGAGAGAAGCCGUAUCGCUGCUCCGAUUGUGGGAGGAGCUUCAGCGUCCAGAGUAACCUCCUGACACACCAGCGCGUUCACACAGGAGAGAAACCGUAUCGGUGCUCAGAGUGUGGAAGGAGUUUUACUAGACAGAGCAGUCUCCAAAAUCACCAGCGCACUCACACUGGAGCGAAACCGGAUCAGUGCUCUGGCCGAGGGAAGAGUCCUGGAGAUUCAAGCCCUCGCAAAACACGCCAUCCCGUUCAAAAAGGAGAGAAAACACAUCAGUGCUCAGAGUGUGGGAAGACUUUUGGUAGAAAGAGGAAUCUCCACAUCCAUCUGCGCAUGCAUAAAGGAGUGAAACCGUACCUCUGCUUAGAGUGCGGAAAGAGAUUCAGAGAUUCAUGUGCUCUCAAAACACACCACCUCAUUCACACGGGAGAGAGACCGCACAAGUGCUCCGAGUGUGGGAAGGGUUUCAAUCAGAGGAUCGCUCUCCGACUGCACCAGCGUCUCCACACUGGAGAGAAGCCGUAUCGCUGCUCCGAGUGCGGCAAGACCUUCACCGUUCAGAGUAAUUUCCUGAGACACGAGCGCAUUCACACGGGAGAGAGACCGCAUCACUGCUCAGCGUGUGGGAAGAGUUUUGGGCGUGCGAGUACUUUAAUGACACACAAGUGCGUUAAAAGAGAGGCUGAAACCUCCGAUUAGCGAGUUUAAUAAGCGUGAUUUUCGUUUAGUGAUAUUUUUUUCACAUAAUUGAAAGCUAUUUUUUCAUGUUGAUGUUUGAUGGUCUUCUAAAGAAGGCAGUUAAUGUUAUCAGAGUAAAGGUUAAGUCUUUGUUACAUAGUUUAUGUAACAUUAAUUAUUAUACUUUACAGCUUCAAGUGUUCUGUUUUUAAGUUUUAGUUCUGUAUCUGUACCCAUUUCUUCUUUUUACCUUUACCCCUUGUUUUUGAGUGUCACCCUAACCCCUUGGAGCUGAGUUACAAGGGGUAGUGGUUGAAAUCUUCCCCUAUGAAAUGAGACAAAAAAAACAUUUUCA